AUGGGCGGAGGCCCAAGAACCUACCCAGGAGGAGUCUCCAAGUGGCAAUGGAAACGAAUGCAAAAAAAUAAAGCUAAACAACUCCUAAAAGCCAGGCUUUGCCGGGAGAGACAAAUUUACGAAAUGAGAAAAAGGGCAGAGCUCAAAGCUGCUGUUUCUGAAUUAGAGCGUCCUUGGGAGGUUGUUGACAAAGCACCCAAGUUGUUUUCUGUCGGUGCUGAUGAACAAGUUAAGGUUUUGGCUGACCGCUUUCAGAAACCAGGUGGGUUUGAUUUGUGGAGUGAAAGAGAUGGACCCCAAUUGUUUGAGACCCCGGAUGGGGUUCCUUCCGCCAGAUUUUUCCCUAAAGGUGUCGUUCAUAGUGUAAAACCUUAUGGUAAGGUUUCUGCUUCUGGGUUUGGUGAAUUGAGUGCUGGCACGCCGGAUUCCGAUACCGAAAGCGAAGCCGAAAAUGAAUAUCAGAUGAAUGAUGGAAUGUCCGUUAAUGAGAAAUUAGGUAGGGGUGAUUCUUUGGAUUUAUCAGAAAUUGAAGAUGGGUCAGUUUCAGAUAGCGAAUAUUGGGAGAAUUCUGAUGGGAAAUUGGGGAUGGAUAAGAGGACUGCAAAGAGAAUUAGUGGUAAAUACAGGAAGAAGGGGAGUAGGAGGAGAUUUGGGAGUGGUGUUAAUGCAUUUGAUUCAGGGCAAGCUGGUUUUGAGAAAGAGAAAAGGGUGGGGGGCACUACUAACAGUGGUGCUGGUCGUGAUAAUAGGAUUAAUAGGAGUAAAAGACAUGGUAGGAUUAGUAGGAAUAAAGUUUUGCAGAAUGGGAGAGAUUCCAAGUCUCAAGUUUAUGAUAUGAGUUUGCAACUGGAUGGGAGUUAUAGAUUCCAAGUCGAGAACGAGAAGUUUAGUUCUAAUUCUUGA